ACCACUACAUAGUGCCGCCGCGAUCGAUCGAAAGACUAAUGGCGGCACCACCGGGCGCCGAGGAUGAGAUCCUCUUCGAGUACGGCCCCAUCUUCCGCCAGUACAAGAGCGGCCGCGUGGAGCGGUACAGCUUCCCGCCGCUCCCGGCCGGCGUCGACCCGGCCACGGGGGUCACCUCCAAGGACGUUGUCAUCGACUCCGCCAACGGCCUCUGGGCCCGCAUCUUUCUCCCGCCCGGCAUCCACGACGGCGCCAAGCUCCCCGUCGUCGUCUACUACCACGGCGGCGCCUACGUCCUGGGCUCGGCCGCCGACCCGAUGACGCACAGCUACCUCACGGGCCUCGUCGCGGCCGCCAACGUGCUCGCGGUGGCGCUGGAGUACCGCCUGGCGCCGGAGCACCCGCUCCCGGCGGCGUACGACGACUCGUGGGAGGGGCUCAAGUGGGUGGCCUCCCACGCCACGGGCGUCCCCGGCGGAGGCGAGCCGUGGCUGGCGGACCACGCCGACCUCUCCCGCGUGUUCCUGGCGGGCGGCAGCGCCGGGGGCACCAUCGCGCACGUGAUGGCGGUGCGCGCCGGGGAGCACCCGGGCGGGCUCGGGAUCGGCAUCAGGGGCGCGCUGAUCGUGCACCCGUACUUCGGCGGCGCGGCGGACAUCGGCACGGAGGGCACGACGGGGAAGGCGGAGAAGGCCCGGGCGGACGCGUUCUGGCGGUACCUGUGCCCGGGCACGCAGGGGCUGGACGACCCGCUGUCCAACCCCUUCUCGGAGGCGGCCGGCGGCAGCGCGGCGCGCGUCGCGGCGGACCGCGUGCUCGUCUGCGUCGCCGAGGAGGACGGCCUCCGGGACAGGGGCGUCUGGUACUACGAGAACCUCAAGGCCAGCGGCUACGGCGGCGAGGUGGAGCUGCUCGAGUCCAUGGGCGAGGGGCACGUCUUCUACUGCAUGAAGCCGCGCUGCGAGAGAGCGGUCGAGAUGCAGGAGCGCGUCCUCGCCUUCCUCCGCAAGUGA